UGAAAUAUUAAAUUUAGAAGUAGAUAUUUCAGAAAUAAAUGAAGUUGAUAAAAGAGGUGAAAAUAAUGACAGUGAUGAAAAUGAUGAAAGUGAAUAUAUUGAAAAUUUUGAAAAUUAUUUAUGUUCUCAAUUAAUCUUACUUUAA